AGCUCCCGACUGGGGUCUAUUUAAGUCAAGCAGGCCUCAAACUCAUUAUGUAGCCCCAGACAAGCCUGAAACUCCCCAUUCUCCUGCUCCAGCCUCCUGAGGACCAGGAUUGUGUGUACCACCUACCUGACACAUUCUAUUGUUUUAAUACAGAAGCCAGUUCACCAUGUCGUCGGCAGCUGUGGAUACAGUUAAUGCCACGCCCCUGUCGGGGUCCAAAGAACUGAGUUUAGAGGAACCAAAGAAGAUGACCCGAGAGGACUGGAGGAAGAAGAAGGAGCUAGAAGAACAGCGGAAGCUGGGUAAUGCUCCUGCUGAAGUGGAUGAAGAAGGAAAAGAUAUCAAUCCACACAUCCCUCAGUAUAUUUCUUCAGUACCAUGGUACAUCGAUCCAUCGAAAAGACCCACCUUAAAGCACCAGAGGCCACAACCUGAGAAACAGAAGCAGUUCAGUUCAUCUGGAGAAUGGUACAAGAGGGGCGUAAAAGAGAAUUCCAUAACCACCAAGUACCGCAAAGGCGCCUGCGAGAACUGCGGGGCCAUGACGCACAAGAAGAAGGACUGCUUUGAGAGACCCAGACGAGUUGGGACCAAGUUUACUGGGACUAACAUAGCGCCAGAUGAUCACGUCCAGCCUCAGCUCACAUUUGACUACGACGGGAAGAGAGAUCGCUGGAAUGGCUACAAUCCAGAGGAACACAUGAAAAUCGUGGAAGAGUAUGCCAAAGUUGACCUGGCAAAACGAACGCUGAAAGCCCAGAAAUUACAAGAAGAAUUAGCCUCAGGAAAAUUAGUGGAACAAGCUAAUUCUCCAAAACAUCAGUGGGGAGAAGAGGAACCAAAUUCUCAGAUGGAAAAAGAUCACAACAGUGAAGAUGAGGAUGAAGAUAAAUAUGCAGAGGAUAUUGACAUGCCUGGACAGAAUUUUGACUCUAAGAGGCGAAUUACAGUCCGGAACCUAAGGAUUCGAGAAGAUACUGCAAAAUAUUUGAGAAAUUUAGAUCCAAAUUCUGCCUACUAUGAUCCCAAAACUAGAGCGAUGAGAGAAAAUCCCUACGCCAAUGCAGGCAAGAAUCCAGAUGAAGUGAGUUAUGCAGGCGAUAACUUCGUCAGAUACACAGGAGAUACCAUUUCCAUGGCUCAGACACAGUUGUUUGCCUGGGAGGCGUAUGAGAAGGGCUCGGAGGUGCACCUGCAGGCAGAUCCCACGAAGCUGGAGCUGUUGUAUAAAUCCUUCAAAGUCAAGAAGGAAGACUUCAAAGAACAGCAGAAAGAAAGCAUCCUGGCAAAGUAUGGUGGCCAAGAACAUCUGGAUGCUCCUCCAGCUGUGUUGCUCUUAGCCCAGACGGAAGACUACGUGGAGUACUCACGGCAUGGGGCCAUCAUCAAGGGGCAGGAGCGGGCCGUGGCCUGCUCCAAGUAUGAAGAGGACGUGAAGAUCCACAACCACACGCACAUCUGGGGAUCUUACUGGAAAGAAGGCCGAUGGGGAUACAAAUGCUGUCACUCGUUCUUCAAGUAUUCCUACUGCCCUGGAGAAGCUGGGAAGGAGACUGCUAACGCCGAGGAGUGCGUGAUAAGUGAUGAGACUGGCAAAGAGUCGGUGAAGAAACCACAGACGCUCGUGGAGAUGCACCAAGAAAAACUGAAGGAGGAGAAGAAAAAGAAGCACCGGAAGAGCAGCUCUGACAGCGAUGACGAAGAGAAGAAACAGGAGAAACUGAAGGCACUGAACGCCGAGGAGGCCCGCCUGCUCCGUGUCAAGGAGAUCUUACAAAUGGACGGGAGAAAGCGGCCAUACAACAGUGUCUAUGAAACUCGAGAGCCCACGGAGGAGGAAAUGGAGGCCUACAGAAUGAAACGUCCGAGGCCAGAUGACCCCAUGGCCUCUUUCCUGGGCCAGCAGUCUUACUUUGAUCCUGGUGAGGCAUACCCAGAAGGAAGCAGCAAAGAGAAAAGAAGAGCAGCCAUUGCCCAAGCCUUAGCUGGCGAAGUCAAUGUGGUGCCUCCAUCUCGUCUCUUGGCAUUGCUGGGCCAGGCUCUGAAGUGGCAGCAGCACCAAGGGUUGCUCCCUCCUGGUCCCACCAUAGAUCUGUUUCGAGGUAAAGCAGCUGUCAAAGAUGUGGAGGAAGAAAAGUUUCCUACACAGCUGAGCAGGCAUAUUAAGUUUGGUCAGAAGUCACACGUGGAAUGUGCUAGAUUUUCUCCUGAUGGUCAGUAUCUGGUCACUGGGUCUGUUGAUGGAUUUAUUGAAGUAUGGAACUUUAUGACUGGAAAAAUCAGGAAGGAUCUUAAGUACCAGGCACAGGAUAACUUCAUGAUGGACGCUGCUGUCCUCUGCAUGUGUUUUAGCAGAGAUACAGAAAUGUUAGCAACUGGGUCCCAAGAUGGAAAGAUCAAGGUGUGGAAGAUUCAGAGUGGACAGUGUUUAAGGAGGUUUGAAAGGGCACACGGUAAAGGUGUCACCUGUCUGAGCUUUUCCAAGGACAGCAGUCAGAUCCUUAGUGCCUCUUUGGACCAGACAAUCAGAAUUCAUGGCUUAAAAUCUGGGAAAACCCUAAAGGAAUUUCGUGGUCAUUCCUCCUUCGUUAAUGAAGCAACAUUUACACAAGAUGGACAUUAUAUUAUCAGUGCUUCCUCUGAUGGCACUGUAAAGAUCUGGAAUAUGAAGACAACAGAAUGCUCAAAUACCUUGAAGUCCUUGGGCAGCACUGCGGGGACAGACAUUACUGUCAACAAUGUGAUCCUGCUUCCUAAAAACCCAGAACACUUUGUGGUGUGCAACCGAUCAAACACUGUGGUCAUCAUGAACAUACAAGGCCAGAUUGUCAGAAGCUUCAGCUCUGGUAAGAGAGAAGGUGGUGACUUUGUUUGCUGUGCUCUCUCUCCUCGUGGUGAAUGGAUCUAUUGUGUGGGGGAAGACUUUGUGCUCUACUGCUUUAACACAGUCACUGGCAAACUGGAGAGAACUUUGACAGUUCACGAGAAGGAUGUGAUUGGUAUUGCACAUCAUCCUCAUCAGAAUUUGAUUGUUACCUACAGUGCAGAUGGACUUGUAAAGCUCUGGAAACCCUAAUUCACAUUUUAAAAAUCUAGCUUGAAGCAUGUACUUAAAUGAAGACAUACUCAUGUGUUUGUGUUUUCAGAUCAGCUUUCU